CAGUUUGCACCAGGAAUGUUUCAGGAGUUGCUCAUGUUGACUACAGUGAAGAUGUUGACAUGAGUGUGUGUGUUGAUUUGGCUAGUUUAAUGUUAUAAUAAUGGACGCGGUAAUAAACACAACCUCAUCAGCCACUGAAGCUGAGUGUAACCGUGAAGAAGCUGCGACGCUGCCGUUAUCAGAGACCAGGCUGGUUUGUGUUGAAUAUCCAGGUUUGGUUAAUAAUGUGGACAAAAUGCUGGAAACUGUUGGAGGGGAACAGGGUCUGUCCAAGACGUAUGGAGACUCGUCCAAACGUCUGGAGCUGCGUUAUCGUCCUAAAGACCCUUACUGUCACCCUGUAUGUGGAAAUCGCUAUUCUUCCACCAACCUGCUCAUCCGAGUACGGCGCAGAACAAACAGACGCACUGGGGAAUCUCACAUGGUCAUGGAGAUCCUGGGCCUCAUAGACACCACUUAUAAAUUUCAAGGAAUGGCAGAUUUUCAGUACCUGGCUAUGCACAGAGAGGCUGAUGGAUCCCAGAUCUCUUUGUAUGACAAGAUCUUGUUGCGCAAACCUGAAAAGAAGGAGUUCUUUGACCAAGAUGUGCCGCUCUUCAUCCCACCUCCCAUUUUCUCUCGUCUGGAUAACCCGGUGGAUUACUACUACAGGCCGGAUGUUGCUCACAAGGAAGGAAACGCUUCGCAUUUGAUCUCCAAAGAGAACCUGAUCGGUCCGAACCGAGCCCGGAGAGCCCACAAUGCCAUUUUUGUGAAUUUUGAAGAUGUGGCUAUUCCCACUGAGCCACUAGAGGCUGCUAAAAGGAACUGGCGCAAAAAUGCUAUGCACCACAGUGACCUCAGGGCAGAGGAGGAAAUGAGGAAGCUGUUUGAAAGACGGCCCAUAUGGUCCCGCAACGCCAUCAAAGCCAACAUCAACAUUCACCCGGAGAAGCUGAAGAUCCUGCUCCCCUUUCUGGCAUAUUACAUGUUAACUGGGCCAUGGAGAAGCCUGUGGGUGAGGUUCGGUUACGAUCCCCGUAACCACCCAGAGGCCAAAAUGUACCAGGUUCUGGAUUUCCGAAUCCGCUGUGGAGUGAGACAUGGACACAGCUUCAAUGAAAUACCAGUAAAGGCUAAAAGAAGUGCUUACCAGUACAAUCUUCCCACUACGGUCAACAAGGCAGCCCCUCAGGCAGCUAGUUUGAAGGACAUCACCCAUGACGGUUCAUCCAGCUCCGUGUCUUCAUCAUCAAAAUACAUCCUUAAGGAUUCGGUUUACAUAUUCCGUGAGGGAAUGUUACCACCCUACCGACAGAUGUUUUACCAGCUGUGCGAUCUGGAUGUAGAGACAAUUAAGAACAUCAUCCAUAAAAACGACGGGAAUGAGGAGGUGUGUGACGAGCGCGACGGCUGGUGUUUGCCGCGGACUGCGGACGAGCUCAGAAACAUCAUCUCCUACAUGAUCGCGCAGGUGGCACGGGCAAAAAGACCUUCUCUGUCUACCCCGAAGCUGAGGCCUGUCCGGGCCGGCCGUAAAAUCGAAGAGAGCGACGAGGAUGAAGAUGACAUCGAUGACAAUGAGGACGAGGAUGAUUUCGAUGAAGAUUACAAGCCUGACGGGAGUGAAAAUGAAAUGGAGACAGAAAUGCUUGAUUACAUGUAAAUUAGACCGUUUAAGUUGACUUAAGUUACCUGUUUAAUGUGGAAUAUGUAUGUUUUUAUAUAUAUUAAAAUAAAAAAGUCUUUUGUAAGAGAAUUAUUUGUUCAAAGGCUUGGGGGGGGGUUCAA